CUGGAGUGAACAAAGAGAAAGAUAUGUGAGUGAGAUCCGUGUACGUUCGGUAGGGAACGGAGAGCGUUGCGCCCAUCAUGUCAACGUUCAGUUCAGUUGUGCGAAAGCCAGGCCAGAAGAUAGUCCCGAAGGGCCCAAGAAAGAAUGUCCAAAGAACUGCUCUCCGACACGCUGCUCCGCCGUCCCUGACGCCGGAGAGUCAGACUGUGAGUCCUGCUGUUGAACUUGUUGACGAACCAGUUCAAGGUCAGGAACGGGAGCCGCAGCUAGAAACGGAGAUAACCCAGCUGGCCAGCGAAAUACCUUCCAUCGCUGGAUCAAUAGAGACAGCAGGAGAGCCCCUCCAUACACCGCUCGAAGAAGCAACAACUGAGAGAGUUCCUUCAGCCUCUUUUGAAAGCGCUGUUCCGAGUCACCCGAUCCCCGAGAUUGAAAUCAUUCAUUCCAACAACGUCAGCGAGAGUCGUCCCGAUCAAGUCAUACCCUCAAUUUCGGUUUCGAUCCCUUCAUCUAUUCGUCCGAAACGAAUAACCACCCGUGAGCCAGCCUCUCCAGCAUCAGAAGACUCUGCUCAAGAGACGGAAACCACUGGUGGUUCAAGGAAGCGGCAGAAGACUACUCACACAGUCGAGGAUUUCAGAGAGUCCGAAUCGCAUACUCCUCCCCUACUCGAUUCUACAACACCAGUACUGAGGACCAGCCCAAGAGCUAGGCGGAGCGAAUCUCGUACAUCGGACGCGCUAUUGCAAGAUGCGACAACCCAAGCAGCUGCAGUAUCGGAACUUGCAAACUCAAUUGAGAGCAGAGCAAGAUCGCACCAACCCCGCUCAGCGCGUCGAUCGGUGUCACAACCAGCAGAAACAGAAGAGAGUACAACUGAAGAUGCUGCGCAACCAAGAGCGAGGCGCUCGAAGAAGAAGUCACAUUCGAGGAGGAUACAAGAGCUGGCCCAACAAAUUGUGGAAGAUGCUGUCCAUGGGAGCACAGACGAGCCAGAUCGUCGUCGUUCUCGCCUUGCUACUCCGGAGAAUGCUGAAGAGCUAGAAAUAGACCCGCAGGAGGUCUCGAUGGCAGAUCUCAUCAAGGAUAACAAGAUAGGCAAGAAAUCCGAAACAGAGAAGCGCAUGCAGGAGAACUGGCCAGAGAUCAAAAAGCGACGCAAAGAGGAGCUUGAGAAGCGACGGGAAGCCGCCCGAGGGGAAACCAACGCUUCGAAUAACGAGGAAGAACACAACGGAGGAGAGGACGCGGCAGUUCCCAAGCAGAUCAUCGUCAACGGACAAAUCGUCGUCGCAGCAGAGUCUCGAGAGGUCGCCUUCGGCGCAGGCGUCGAGGAGGCGGUGAUUCAAGACGCAAAUGUUGCGCUUGAAGAUGACCGGAUCUACAAGUAUAUCACUUCAGGUACGUUGGGGAAACAUGCAGGGCGCGCGCGCGGGAACCGAUGGGACGAAGAUCAGACCAACCUCUUUUACAAAGGCCUGCGGAUGUUCGGCACCGAUUUCACCAUGGUUGCAAAUCUUUUUCCGGAAGGUGUUGACCGGCGCGUGGUCAAAAAGAAAUACCUGCUUGAGCUACGGACAGAUCCAGAGAGAGUCGAAAGUUGUGUUGCAGCCAAAGAAACGGUGAGUAUAGAGGACUACGCGGCCAUGACAAAUCAGGAGUUUGAGGACCCGGGAAAGGUAAUGAAGGAGUUAGAGGAACAAGAGCGAAGACUGAGGGAGGAGGAUGAGAAACGAAGAGCGGACCAAGGAUUUGUUGAUCAUAUUGCGGGGGCUGACGUGCCGUUGCCAUCUACGGAGAGGGAUGAAGCAGACAUCGAUGAGAGCGGCCUGGAAGGCCAACGGCAGCAGGCCACUGCAGGUGCACAUUUGGCUACGCCAGACGCAGCAGGGCGGGGAACUCAAGCACCCAGCAUGGAUCGUUUAGACAGCAUCUCAGCUUUGGCGGAGAAGGUUGUCCAGGCGGCUGUGAAUCCCAAGAAGAAACCGCGGCGUCAGCCGAAGGAGUCAGCAGGAACUGGACGUGGCGGAAGGCAACCCAAAAAGGGUAGGAGAGCGGUUGAAGGCACAGAGGAGAGAAUUGGUCCCAUUGACGAGGUUGAUGAGUGAUUGCUGGCAUGGCAUCUCCAUCUCUGUCAUUUUGGUUGCAGACUGUGAUUGCGAGUUGCAUCAACAUACAUAUUGAUACCCCAUUUUGCAAGGCCUUGCUGGUUGUGCAAAGCCAGCUGGAGCAUUGUAUGCCGUCUGUUCGUGGCAGGCAUACCUAGUAAUGUCAUUUCAUUCCCCAGAUUG